AAGGUCGAACUCGCAAAAUGGCUAGACAUGACAAACUGUACACAUGGAUGCGGUAUUUGAUGUUGCUGCUUUGUGUGAUACUUGUUGUAAGUAGCUAACUGUUGCCUAGCUAGCAAACAAAGCCCCGUUGAACUGUGCCUGUGUUUGAAAUGCAAAUAAUUUACAUUAUUUUUAACCUAUCAUGUAAACUGUUCUUGGCUAGCUAUAUCUUCAGAAAUAUAGUUGCCCUCUCAUAAAACCUAGGGUUGUGAAUGCAUUGCAAAAGUCAAACACACAGAAGAAGACAGCAACUACUGCUGUUGUCAUUGUAAUAUUACCUAGCCUCAGAAAUCUAUCUGGCAAAACAUAGAAGAAAAAUAGACAAGUCCAUAACAACUCAAAUGCAAUUUAUUAGUUGAUGAUGAAAAAAAUAAAUACUGAAAGAACAGCACAAUCCUCUCCCCUCCAGAUAAGUGGCGUUGUGCUGCUGGGGCUUGGUGCAUGGAUUAGAUAUGGAGCAGCUACCUUUGUGGAUGUCCUUGGCCCCUACUCGUCUCAGCUCAUCUACAUCAGCUACAUCUGUAUUGGUAUGGGCUCAGUGCUGUCUUUCACGGGUCUCAUCGGCUGCUGUGGGGCUUGGAAAGAGAACCGCUUCUUCAUCAUGCUGGUGAGAGACAACAGUUGUGCAGUCAUUUUCAAGGCACCUGACAAUAAUUGUCUUACUGUGUUAUACUACUGCAGAGUUGUAAAUGUCCCACUCUUUUCCCCCUGCAAGCUUCAAUAAGAGGCAACAUUUUCACUAUCCCUGUUUUUUUUGUACCCUGAACAGUUUUUCUUCAUCGUGACAAUGCUGUUUGUUGCUGAAAUCAUUGGGACUAUUUUUGUCUUGACGUACCGGAAUCUGGUAAGAAUAAUUGAACACUGCUGGCAUCUGUAUUAUCAAGUAGGUGAACCUAUAUCAUAAUGUAGAGCCCUGUAAAUUAUUGAAUUAUUUGUAUGAUAUAGCCUAGCCAGGCUAUGCCUUUCAAUAAACUGUGAUGUCUAUAUGUGACAGGUUAGCUUAAUGGUACGUGACGCAAGCAAGAAUUCCCUGAUGACUGCCUAUAUGGGCCCAGCGGCAACAGACCCCAUCUCAACAGCAUGGAACACAGUCAUGAUCAAGGUGAGAUGCUCUAAUGGGGAAAGGUCCAAAUAGGCUUGGCUUUACUAUUUGGUUCCUUCGACCACCAGAGCAUCCCAGACAGUAGUUAUUACAGCUAAUGUCUCUCAUUUCUUUAUUGGUUUUUCAUCUCUUAGUUCAAAUGCUGUGGCUUUGAGAACACAACAGUUGAUUUCAAGGGCUCUGUGUUCAGUACAACCACGGGUUUGAACUACCCUAAGACAUGCUGCGUGAACAAGACCCUUGCAGACUGUGACGGUAUCACCAUCACUCCAAGUAUGAUCCAACCACAGGUAACCAAACCCAGUGCCUCACUGCACUAUGUUGUAUCAGUCUGUGCUCUAAUGCUGUAAAGCCUUAAGCCAAAUGCCCCCUGUGUGUUUCCCCAAGAGCUGCUUUGGUAAGGUCAUCACAGUGAUCAGAGAGCAGAGUGUCAUCCUGGGAUCAGCAGCUGGCUGCAUAUGUAUGAUGGAGGUAUGCUAUGGGAGAAUCUCAAUUGGUUUUGCUUGACUCCUUGCGUCCUCUCCUCCGUCUUCUCCUCGCCUCUUUUUGAAAAAGGUAAUCAAGGAUAGGAGUCGAGGAUAAGAAACGUGUAAAAAAAAAAAGUGCUUGUAUGAAAUGACUCUUUCUCCACUAACUCGUCAUCAAGCAGAUGACGUUUACAGAGGAGGAAUCGCAAAAUACAUGUGUAAAGUGGUAAAAAGAAAUGUAGAUAAAAUAAUUAGUAAAGUAUCAUUUUUAAAUCUGUGCACGCUUUUCUCCUCCGAGUAAACAGCUGAUUCAAAGGGUGUGUGGCAGAUUUCAAAACUCUUUGCGGAGGAUGCACUUCAGUAUCCUUUGCCGAACAAAGUAAUCGAGGAGGGGAGCAAACUCCUCUGUUCGCCUACUAACGAUUUUCAACUGUCCUCGACCACUUGACCACAUCGGUUUCCGGGUCAUGGAGGAGAGGAGGACGGAGGAGUCGAGGAGAGGACUUUUGCCCAAUUGAGAAUCUCCCUAUGAGUUACACUGCUCCCUCAAGGUCUUCUGGAUAACUUUAACCUCUCUCAGACCUAAGGACUAUUGAUGGAAACAACUGUACUUGUUAAAGCAUAGUAAUACUUUUUCUACAGUAGCUCACCAUUAGGACCUAAAGAGACAUUCUUUGACAAGUAUUCUUAGUUUGCUUACUAUCUAUUCUAUAGCAAUUGGUUGCUGAACAGAUAAUGUUGCUUGGCUUCAAGUCAUUGUUUUCCUAUCCUCUCUUCUCUUUGCAGUUAUCCUCCAUGAUCCUUGCCAUGGUUUUGUUUGUGAAGCUGGGGCUCAUGAGGCAUCCU